CCCUCAGCGGGGCGGAGCGGGGCAGGCGGCGGCCAUGGCGCUGCGGGGCUGCGGGCGCUGGGCACUGCGGGCCUCGGCCCUGCGCGGCGGCUCCGGGCGGCGGCACCGCGGGCACGGCGCCGACACGCCGCAGCACGGCGCCUUGCGGGCGGCCCUCAGGAAGAUAAUCGACAGGGAGAUUAAUCCCUUUGUGGACAAAUGGGAAGAAGAAGGACAGUUCCCAGCGCAUAAAGUAUUUAAAACCCUGGGACAAGCCGGAUUCCUUGGUGUGGAUAAGCCAACAGAAUAUGGCGGCAUGGGCUUAGACUUCUCGUAUAACAUUGCAGUGGCAGAAGAACUGGGACGUAUCCGCUGUGGAGGAAUUCCUAUGGCUAUCGGCGUGCAAGCUGGCAUGGCUACUCCUGCUUUAACAAGGUUUGGUUCUGAUGAGUUGAGAAAACAGUUCCUUGCACCAACUAUAGCUGGAGAUUUUGUGGCUUGCUUGGGAAUCAGUGAAGCUGGAGCUGGGUCAGAUGUUGCAAGUAUCAAGACAACAGCUGUGAAGAGAGGUGAUGAAUAUGUCAUAAAUGGUGGUAAGAUGUGGACGACAUCUGGGUGCCAAGCAGACUGGAUGUGCCUGCUGGCAAAUACGAGUGAAGGACCUCCUCAUCGAAAUAAAUCUCUCAUAUGUCUGCCAAUGAACCUACAUGGCAUUCACAUUGCUAAAAAGAUAGACAAACUGGGCAUGAGGUCAUCGGACACAGCUCAGAUCUUUUUUGAAGACGUAAGAGUCCCCUGCAAAAACCUCAUCGGUGAGGAAGGAAUGGGUUUUACAUAUCAGAUGUUGCAAUUCCAAGAAGAGCGGCUGUGGGGAGUAGCCACUGUCCUGACACCGCUGGAAACGAUCAUACAAGAAACCAUUGAGUACACUCGCCAGCGAAAGGCGUUUGACCGGUCCGUGCUGCACAACCAAGUCGUGCAUUUCCGCCUGGCGGAGCUGGCCACCGAGCUGGAGCUGCUGCGCUCGCUGCUGUACCGCACUGUAGCUCUCUAUGUGGAAGGCAAUGAUGUGACCAAGUUUGCUUCCAUGGCUAAGCUAAAGGCAGGUCGUCUGGCCCGUGAAGUGACUGACAGCUGUCUCCAGUUUUGGGGAGGAAUGGGAUUCACCAGCGAGGUGCUGGUGAGCAGGUUUUACAGGGACUUGAGAUUAAUGUCAAUAGGAGGUGGUACUGAUGAAACCAUGCUUUCUAUUAUAUGCAAAUUCAUGGAAACUCUUCCAAGCAAGUAACACGUCUUCACUCUACCUCAAAAAUCAAAGGAGGAGCAUGGAUUUUACUGCAUGCUGAAGGCAAUGCUUUUCAAGGGUGAAAUAAAUAAAAAAAAGGAACAGUACUUUUUCCAGCAAAAUACUUGCAUGUAUCAGUAUUAUGAUACAUGUUCUCUAAUGUAAAAUUUACGCUGAUGGGAAACAGACUGAAAGCGUGUGGCCUACUGCAAGAUAUUUUAUGUUUUUAGUGAAUUGCAGCUUUGAAGCAUCUCAUGAUCCAUGCUAAGCACCCAGAAAUCUUCACAGAAUCAUAGAAUCUUGUUUUCUUUAAUCAAGGUAUAGCUACAUUUAAAGAGCAUCCAAGCCAGCAAUUAAAAAACAUAAGUUCCAUAUGGGUACAGCUAUAAUUUCAGUAGUAGUGUAAUCUAAUUACAAUGUAACUUUGCUUUCAAGAUCAAUUAACUAAGUCAAAAAUUAUUCCUAAUCAUAUUCAAGUACUGGAACAAUUAUUUUGUUCUCAAUUACCACUGCCUUCCAUAUAUUUAACUUUUAGCACAUAAAUAUCAAAAUGAGUUCCUUCAGCAAAAGCAAGUCAAAAUCACAAGCUUCCGGAUCCAAUGGUGGCACCAAAUUGUCAUCUUCAUUACCUUCACACUGACUUGUACUACUCUGGCAUACGCACUGAGUGGAGAGAGUGGGGGGUUGAUUUUUAGUUUCAGAAUUCUACAAACAACUGUUUAAUUGUAUCAGAAACUUUUGAAGACCUAGUGUUUUGUGUGCAAUCCUGAAUGAAAAAUAUUAAAAAUAAACACACUAAUGUGAAAAUUGUGUACUUAUUAAGAUUGCAAAAUUUAUAUGCCACACUCUGAAGUGUAAGGAAUAUUACACUAUUAAAAUAACUA